UCUCCGGACUUCCUCAACAAAUAGGAGGCGAUUCUUAAAGCGUCUCCCCACUGAUGAUACUCGCAUGCAGUUUUCAAAACAGAAAGAAAGAAGGAAAGCGCGCAGUCGUUUCUAUUAGGCAACAUAAUGCUAAUUUACAACACAACGAGGCAAAAUUUGUCCAGGACUGAUUUUGCGCCGAGCCAUUGCGUCUUUGUUCAAGUGAGAAACCCCUUCUGAGAGUUGAGUCUCUCUCUGGGCGUCGCGUUUAUCAGCUGAUACCGAUUAGAAAACAUAUUUGGCAUUCCUGAGUAACAGGUAGGAUUCAAACUUUGUGCUGCCCAAUCAGAUAAUCAGACUCAUAAACGGCACCUUUUUCUUCUAUCUCUCUCUCGAUGCCCAAGAAAGUGAGCGCCUUAUUUUUAAAUUUCAGAAAUAAUGAAGUGGGCGUUUGUUGCGUUUGUUUCCAGCGUGUUUAGGAGCUGUGAGCUGUGAGGCGCUGCUGCCAGGAUCAGACCUCCAGGAAUCCGGCGGCUCUUUGUCUGUCAGCACCGCGGACAGCUCCUGGCGCGCCUCAGCUGCACGCGGUUCGAACUUAGGCAGCCACGCUCGCCUCCUUCAUUCAUUCAUUCAUUCAUUCAUUCACUCACUCACACACUCACUCAGUCGCUCACUCACUCAUUCACUCACCCAGCUCCACUGUAGUUCACUGCCACACUUGUUUCAUAAACUCAACACUGCUGCGAAGGAUAUGCGUUUGGCUUAUUCCGUGCACGGCGGCGCUGGAAACUGAGGAACCCCUGCGCAGGCUGUAAUCUACAAACACUCUGAAGAAGAGAAGGACGGCGAGGAUGGCAAUGAUGCUGUAAAUGGCCUCUGUCAGAAUAAAAACACUGCUGCUUUGAGAUCUGGUGGUGCUGCUGCGCCUUUCUGUUCUUUUCUUCAGUGCUGCCGUCAUCAAAAAGCUGACCAGACGCUGACCAGAAACCAAAGGCAGGACAGUGACCUUGUUUUGCCCAGGGAUAUGUCAUUGGGGAAAUCCCCUGAGUUGGGGGUGCGCCCUGUGCCCCGACCCCUCUGGCUGUCCCACCUCAGCCUGCUGUGCUUAUGUGUCUCUCUCUUUGCCCAGGCACCCCAGGGUUUGCCUGUGGUGGGUUACAACACAGACUCCAAGAGGGAGAUCACACUGGAUGGAGAUUUGAUGAUUGGUGGUCUGUUCCCUGUCCACCAGAAAGGUGAGGGGGUCGAGGACUGUGGGAAGAUCAAUGCUCAGAGAGGGAUCCAGAGACUGGAGGCCAUGUUGCUGGCAUUAGAUGAAAUCAACAAGGAUGAGCGCAUCCUUCCUGGGAUCAGACUGGGAGCUCAUAUACUGGACACAUGCUCUAAGGACACCUAUGCUCUGGAGCAGUCUCUAGAGUUUGUCAGGGCCUCCCUCACCAAAGUGGACGACAGUGAGUACACGUGCCCCGAUGGCUCGUACGCCAUCCACGACGAAGUCCCUCUGGCUAUCUCUGGGGUCAUAGGAGGCUCCUACAGUGAUGUCUCCAUUCAGGUAGCCAACCUGCUGCGACUUUUCCAGAUCCCUCAGAUUAGCUAUGCUUCUACCAGUGCCAAGCUAAGUGACAAGACCCGUUAUGAUUACUUUGCCCGCACCGUGCCCCCUGACUUCUACCAGGCCAAGGCAAUGGCAGAGAUCCUGCGUUACUUCAACUGGACAUAUGUAUCGACAGUGGCGUCAGAAGGUGACUAUGGUGAGACUGGUAUUGAUGCCUUCCAGCAGGAGGCUCGUGCUCGCCAGAUUUGCAUCGCCACUUCAGCCAAGGUGAGCCGCUCCAUGAGCCGCUGGAGUUAUGAGAACGUGAUCCGCUCCCUGCAGCAGAAGUCCAACGCCAAGGUGGUCAUCCUAUUCACACGCAGCGAAGAUGCCCGAGAGCUGCUGGUGGCUGCCAACCGCAUGAAUGUCACCUUCACCUGGGUGGCCAGUGACGGCUGGGGAGCGCAGGAGAGUGUGGUGAGGGGGAGUGAAGCUGUUGCAGAUGGGGCGUUCACCAUUGAACUUUCUUCCUAUCAAAUUCCCCAUUUCAAUAAAUACUUCACUGCCCUUCACCCGUACAACAACACCAGGAAUCCCUGGUUCAGAGAGUUUUGGGAAAACCAAUUCCAGUGCAGCCUCCACGAUCUGGGCUGUGGGAAACACUCACUCACUGAGGUUCCGUUUCAACCAGAAUCCAAGAUCAUGUUUGUAAUAAAUGCUGUUUAUUCAAUGGCUACUGCCUUACAUAACAUGAGGCAAGCCUUGUGCCCCAACUCCACCAAGGUGUGUGAUGCUCUUAAACCUGGCAACGGCCGAAAGUUUUACCGGGACUACAUUCUGAAGGUCAAAUUUGAUGCACCCUUCCGUCCCCCAGACACAGAGAAUGUAGUCCGCUUUGAUGCCUUUGGAGACAGCCUAGGCCGUUACAACAUUUUUCACUACCACAAAGAGGGUGGACGCUACGUCUACCGUAAAGUCGGCUACUGGGCUCAGAGCCUGACCCUAAACACCAGCUUGAUCCCUUGGCCUGCCCAGGUUGUGCCCACCUCCCAGUGUAGUGACCCCUGCAGGAAGAACGAGGUGAAGAGUAUGCAGCCAGGAGAUGUAUGCUGCUGGAUCUGUAUCCCCUGUCAGCCCUACCAGUACUUGCAUGAUGAGUUCACCUGUGCUGAUUGCAAUUUUGGACAGUGGCCUCUGGCCAAUCUGACAGGCUGUUACGACCUGCCAGAGGAGUACAUUCGCUGGGAAGAUGCCUGGGCUAUUGGGCCUGUCACCAUUUCUUGUAUUGGGAUGAUGUGCACACUCUUUGUUAUUGGCCUCUUCCUAAAGCACAAUGAGACUCCUGUAGUGAAGGCCAGUGGACGUGAGCUCUCCUACAUUCUUCUGCUGGGAGUGCUGAUGUGUUACAGCAUGACAUUCAUCUACAUCGCCAAACCAUCCACAGCAGUGUGUACGCUGCGCCGACUCGGGUUAGGCACCUCCUUUGCUGUGUGCUAUUCAGCCCUACUAACCAAGACCAAUCGCAUCGCUCGGAUCUUCAGUGGAGUGAAGGACGGUGCCCAGAGGCCCCGAUUUAUCAGCCCAGCCUCCCAAGUUGCCAUCUGUGGUGCUCUGAUCUCCUGCCAGCUGGUAGUGGUGGUGGUCUGGCUGCUGGUGGAGGCCCCAGGGGUGAGAAAGGAAGUGAGCCCAGAGAGGAGAGACGUGGUCACCCUUAAGUGUAACAGCAAGGACUCCAGCAUGCUCAUGUCUCUCACUUACAACUGCGUCCUCAUUAUCCUCUGCACGGUCUAUGCCUUCAAGACCCGCAAAUGUCCUGAGAACUUCAAUGAGGCCAAGUUCAUCGGGUUUACCAUGUACACCACCUGCAUCAUCUGGCUGGCCUUCCAGCCCAUUUUCUACGUUACUGCCAGUGACUACAGGGUACAGACCACCACCAUGUGCAUCUCUGUCAGCCUCAGUGGGUCGGUGGUGCUGGGCUGCCUCUUCGCUCCGAAGAUCCACAUCAUCCUGUUCCAGCCUCAGAAGAAUGUCAGCACCCUCAGGGUGGCCACCACCCGCUUCAGCGUCACCACUGGUCCGGGCUCCAGUUUUUCUCAAGCAUCAGCCUCCAAUGUUGUUCCAACAGUGUGUAACGGACGAGAGGUGGUGGACUCCACAACAUCCUCCUUGUGAAGAACAGCUGAGUUUGUUUGCCAAGCAUUGUAAACAGAGUUAUAUAAUCACUAGUCCUGAAUCAGGUGUCUCAGAUAUCAAGAGGUCACACAGAUGAUCGUCCUGACUUUGUUGUCCUCAAAGUGCUGUGAGUACAAUGUCCCAAUUAUUUCAUUUUGUUCUUUGACUCGUAGCAAUUUUAAAUGAGAUGCCAAUAAAGUCGCAUAUAGCCCUUGUUUUUGAAGAUUCUACUUGCAACAAUGGAGUAAAUUAUAGUAAAUCUGUUAAAUGUAAUAUAUACAAGACGUUUUUAAUGUAGAUUCUGGUGAACCAGUUUGUGCUUUCUUGUAAUUUAUGUAAAUAAAAUGUGUUUUUUAUUAAUAUCAAAA